AUGGAUCAGAAACAAAUGCACAAGCUUCUCCUUAUGGGGCCAGGUGGUGCAGGGAAAACCUGUAUGCGUAGCAUUAUUUUUGACAAUUACCUACCUCGUGAUGCAUUACGUUUGGGAAUUACGAUUUCAUUGGAUCAGAGCCAAGUACAUAUUUUGCGUAACCUUUUUCUCAACUUGUGGGACUGUGGUGGGCAGCAUCGCUACGUUUCGGAGUACCUCAAUCGCCAAAAGGAGUACAUCUUCCGCUCGGUUGCGGUGAUGUUGUUUGUGUUUGAUAUCAAUAGUAUGAGCAGAGAUAGCAGUGGUGCGGGUGAGAGAUUUGUGUCGGGUACGGCGAACAGCAGUAGCUCUAACAUGGAUUGGAAACUUCCGGAGAUGUUAGAAUACUUUCAGAUGUCUAUGCGGUACAUAAAGCAGUACAGCCCACAAGCCAAGGUUUUUGUCUUCCUACAUAAGAUCGAUCUUAUAAACAAGAACAUGCGUGAGCGUAUUUUCGAAAUGCACAAGCAAAAGAUAUUAAGUAGUAUUGACUCAGAUGGAUCUGAUAUACAGUUUUUUGCAACCAGUAUCUGGUUGCCUUCACUCUACUUGGCGUACAGCUCGGUUGUACGCUCCUUAAUCCCUCAUCGCGAAGUGCUGAUUGAGGCAAUGCGUUCUAUAGCAAUGGCUUGUAAUGCUAUCGAGGUAGCUCUCUAUGAGCGCAGCACUUUUUUAUGCCUGGCGCACAUCAGCCGACAUGGCUUAGAUAAGACAUCACACACCCCUGUCUCCGCUGAGCUUCGCACCACUGAGGUAAGUGAUAUCAUUAAACACUUCAAGCUGAGUUGUAUGAACAACACAGCCAAUCUGUGCGGGUUGCAGAUCGCUACUGGAGAGUUGAUGGCUUUGUUAGUUCCAUUCACUGAUUAUACACAAGUUCUUGUGGUAUCUGAGGACCCGAGCGUUAAUGUCGAGCAACACCAACUGAACGUUACCUCUGCGAGGCGCCAGUUUCAUGAAUUCUUGAACUCUGAUGCGCCAUCCGCUGUGGCUAUGCAUGAGGUUCUGUGA